AUGUUUGACUGCGUGGACGUACUGGCCAUGAGUCCCGGGCAGAUGCUGGACUUCUACACGGCGUCUCCCUCCUCAUGCAUGCUGCAGGAGAAGGCGCUGAAGGCGUGCAUAAGCGGACUGACGCACCGAGGCUGGCAUGAGCGCAGGAGUGCCAAUUCCAUCGAGACGCAGAGCAGCAGUUCGGAGGAGUUGGUCCCGAGUCCCCCCUCGCCCCCUCCCCCGCCUCGAGUCUACAAGCCCUGCUUCGUCUGCCAGGACAAGUCCUCGGGCUACCACUAUGGAGUCAGCGCCUGUGAGGGCUGCAAGGGCUUCUUCAGGCGCAGCAUCCAGAAGAACAUGGUGUACACGUGUCACCGCGACAAGAACUGCAUCAUCAACAAAGUGACGAGGAACCGCUGCCAGUACUGCCGCCUACAGAAGUGCUUCGGCGUGGGCAUGUCCAAGGAGUCGGUGAGAAACGACCGCAACAAGAAGAAGAAGGAGAGCCCCAAAGCAGAGCUGGGGGAGAGCUACGAGCUGAGUGCAGAGCUGGAGACCAUCAUCGAGAAGAUCCGCAAAGCCCACCAAGAAACCUUCCCCUCCCUUUGCCAGCUCGGCAAGUACACCACGAACUCCAGCGCAGAUCAACGCGUGAGGCUGGACCUGGGUUUGUGGGACAAGUUCAGCGAGUUGGCCACUAAGUGCAUUAUCAAGAUUGUGGAGUUCGCCAAACGAGUGCCUGGGUUCACCGGACUCACCAUCGCUGACCAGAUCACCCUGCUCAAAGCCGCCUGCCUCGACAUCCUGAUCCUGCGCAUCUGCACACGCUACACCCCGGAAAAAGACACUAUGACCUUCUCGGACGGCCUGACCCUGAACCGAACACAGAUGCACAACGCCGGCUUCGGCCCUCUCACCGACCUGGUCUUCACUUUCGCCAACCAGCUGCUGCCCAUCGAGAUGGACGACACGGAGACGGGCCUGCUCAGCGCCAUCUGCCUCAUCUCUGGAGAGUACAUUGACCGGGCCAAGAGUGACAGCUGCAGGAGGAGAGGGAGCGAACUGGGACAGAACCCACCAGGCUUUGUCCCGGGUUCUGGAGAGGGCAGGUCCAUCUGGUACCUGUGUGGGGGUCCAGGAGACCGCCAGGACCUGGAAGAACCCUCCAAAGUGGACGAGCUGCAGGAGCCUUUACUGGAGGCUCUGAAGAUCUACGUGAGGAAGCGCCGGCCGAGCAAACCUCACAUGUUUCCUAAGACGCUGAUGAAGAUCACAGACCUGCGCAGCAUCAGCGCCAAAGGUGCGGAGCGCGUCAUCUCACUGAAGAUGGAGAUCCCCGGCUCCAUGCCCCCCCUCAUCCAGGAGAUGUUGGAGAACUCUGAGGGCCAGGACGGAGGAGGCAGCAGCAGCAGCAGCAGCAGCAGCAGCAGGUCUGUGGAGGGCGGAGAGGCCAGCAGUCCCAGCAGCAGUAAGGGCAGCCCCAGCCAGAGCACGGAGGAGCGCACGCCGGACGAGCCCCCACAGUCCCCCCCAGAGCCCACCCCCAACUCGCCCUCUGAGCCCGCCCCCUCAGACCUGUGA